CUAGUUAUGUUUAUUUACUUAUCAUAAUCAAAUGUUAUGUAUUAUACUUGAACUAUUAAAAAAAUGAAUCAUUAAAAACAGAAUCGGAAAAGGGUAAGUUAGAAUGACAAACAAAUGUUUGCACUGGAUUAUUCAUUGAAAGAGUAUAUACAACAGUUGAUGUUGAGAUAAAUGAAAAGUUAGAAUUAGGAGUUCAUACUGAACCCAAAUUCUCGCUAAAUGUUGUGCAUCAACUUCUCAUAGUCCUCAUGUCCCAGGUUUGAACUUAAAAAAAAAGAAUUAUAUAUUUGUUACAUGCUAUCCACGUCAUUUAUGGUAUGAAGUAAUUAUUUCAUAUUGUGAUAUUUGGUCUUACUUGUGCCUCUUAGGCAUGGUAGUUCUCAUAUUUCUUUUUCCUUCAUUAUAUACAUGUGCAUAUUUUCAAAACAAAAAUUUUGUUUCUUUGUUCAUUACAUGCAUACACGCACAUACACGCAACACACACAUAUAGAGUAAAAUGAGCUUUCUCUUCCGCAGAAAGAACUUCAUCUAAAGGUCAUCAGUGUGCAUGAGAAUUUCAUAGAUGAGACUCAUAUGUUUUGAUUUCUCUUUUAUGUGUGUUCUACGAAUGUGUUUCAAGUUAUUGUUCUUUUCUUUUUCUUUUUUUUUUUCUGCAGGAUUCAACAAUGAUCCUUUCGCAGGACAAUAUUUCAUAGGAUAAUUAUUGUUCAUUUCACAAAUUUGCUUCCAGAUCUCUUUUUUUUGGGGGGUCCCAGGAAAUGCUAUUAUUUUGAAUCAUGCCCAUUGACCUUAACCAUACUCACAUGCUUGGUUGUAGCCAAGAAAAGGGAGCAACUAGCAUCACAAGCUGUAAGAACGCAGCUACAUAAUAGCUUUUUGAAGACUCUGCAGUAUCCUCAAUAGUUAAUAAAGAAAAGGAGAUGCCUAAAGAAAAGAUAAAAGAUCCGUCGACGCAAAUAUCUCUCAUUGAAAAGAACUCUGGAGAGAAGACCGGUGGAUCUUCUGUCGAAUUGCUGAAGGAAGCUGAGAAAAAAAGCACGAAAGACACGACAGCUGAGCACGAAAAGCUUCAUAUUGAACUUGAAGAAGAAAGGAAAAAGCGCAGUUUGGGAGAAGCUGAGUUAAAAAACUUGAAGCAAAAGAUGGAAGAGGAAGCUAAACUAAGUGCCACCAGAAUACGCCAGCUAGAGGAAGAUGCUCCAGCACGCAAAGCCCGAAUCGGCGAAAUGGAGCGCGAAGCCGAAAUGCAAACAGCAAAGAUGAAAAAGAUGAAAGAGGACUCGCAACUGAAUGACAACAAAGUAACAAUGCUGGAGGAGGAGUUGCUGUUGAAAAUCGUAGGAAUUGGAGAGAUGGAAGAAAAGAUGGAAGAGGAUGGCCAAGAGGCAAACAAGAUGGAAAGCCAUAUUCGAUCAGCUUCAAAGACGAUUGAAGGUUUGAGUUCGGAUAUAACCAAGAUGCAAGAGUAUAAUAUCCGGAAAAUGGAGGAGGCCGAAAUUCGCAAACGCAUGGAGGUGGAAAACGCCAGGAAUGAAAGGAUAUCGAAGAGGUAGUUUCGCUGUAUAAGAAAUCAAUAGCUUUUGUGGAUGACUUGUUGAAGGUGUGUGGGCCGGUCUACGCCGCGGGUUGGACGGAUGGGUUGAACAAGGUGAAAGAGAGGGUCCUCCCGGGUUUGAACCUCCAUAACUUCAAAUAUUCCCAUGCUAAUUACUGGCAGGUCGCGGAGGAUACGCUGAACUACGUCGUCAACUCGCGCGUCGAGUCGGAACGCUUUUUUAAAAAAGCCAACUGUUUGAAACUUCGGCCUAACUCCGGCACUGCAGAUCUCUAGAGUCGAGAAGGAAGAGAGAUACGGAACUGCAUGUUUUCAUUGCUUCUGGAACCUUGGAUGCUGUGUGCUUGCUUGCCUUUAGCAAGUAAAAAAAAAAUUGUUGUAACCAUUUACAUUUCAAGUUUGGGGUGGCUGCUUUUAUGUUUACGUGUGUUAAACUUAUUUCGAAGAGUCCAAGUCGAGUCAUUCUGGGUUUUUCA